AUCUGAGCUCUAGAGGCGCAGUGGUUGGUGACUUGGCAUAGCAAGUUUGAGUUGUAGCCGACUGGUCUUGGCCGCUCUGGGGGUCUCCCAUCUUUAGGUCAGGCCAUGUGACCCCGCCCCUUGCCUACGAUGGCCGCGAUCACUUUAAGUAAGAAGGUGGGGGCGAAGUUUUUUAAAAAUCUGCCUCCAAGAUGGAGGUGCACUAGCCACGUGCCUAGCCGCGGCGAGCGAUUGGUUCACCGAGCACCCUCGCGGGGCAGAGAUCUAGGCGGGGCGGCCCCAGGCGCCCGCCGGCUUGCCGGAACCUCCCGGCGCGCCCCCGCGAACUCCCCCUCCCGCCCGACGCGCGACCCCGCCGCUUCGAAUGUUGUGAAUCAAAUGUGAGGUUUGUUACAUUCCGCUGCUGCCGCGGACAGUUCUUAAAGGGCCAGCCGCCGGCAGCUGCGCAAACCGGGUCGCCGCCUGCGCCGCCUCCAGCUCCCGGAGGGCCUGGAGGGAAAGAGGGUGACCGCGCGUGGGCCUCCCGAGGCGUACGCUGGCAGACAACAAAGAGAUCCGCGGAAGGAGCCGGACUACCCCCGGAGUAGGGGGUGGGGAGGGGGCUCUUAAAGGGUGCCCCCCACCCCUUUCCAGCUUGGCCUUCCUAGGUCGGAAACAAAGGAGUCAACGUGUGGCCUGGCGGCCUAAGGGUUGUAAGCCCCAGCCCAGCCCCUCCAUCCCUCUGCCACCCCUGAUGCGACCAUGGGCUCUAGCAGUGACUAGGUGGCCACCCUCCACCCCUGCAGGUCAGCAGCGAGUCUCAGCAGGACCCCGCAGCACCCCGGGCCAGCUCCGGGGAAGCCCCAGCCGCGAGGGCCCCCUGGCCAGCCUGCCUGCCCAGGAUGAGCGCUUACCCUCCCAGCAGCCGCUGCCCCAUCCACCACACCUCCCCAUAGAGGAGCACCGAGCUUCGGCUCCUGCCGGCGGGAGCCCCCGAAUGCUGCACCCAGCCUCCCAACAGAGCCCAUUCAUGGUUGAUCUCCAUGAGCAGGUGCACCAGGGACCCGUCCCUCUGUCCUACACAAUCACCACAGUGACGACCCAAGGCUUCCCCUUGCCUACAGGCCAACAUAUCCCUGGCUGCAGUGCACAGCAGCUCCCAGCAUGCUCCGUGAUGUUCAGUGGGCAGCACUACCCCCUCUGCUGCCUCCCUCCCCCGCAGCUGAUCCAGGCAUGUACCAUGCAGCAGCUCCCUGUGCCCUAUCAGGCCUACCCCCACCUCUUCUCCAGUGACCACUAUAUCCUGCACCCCCCACCGCCAGCCCCACAUCCCCAGCCCGCCCACAUGGCACCUCUUGGACAGUUUGUAUCGCUGCAGACCCAGCACCCACGUAUGCCCUUGCAGCGGCUUGACAACGAUGUGGACCUGCUUGGGGAGCAGCACCCCCUGGGGAGCUUCACCUACUCCACCUCUGCUCCAGGUCCAGCCCUGUCCCCAUCUGUGCCCCUGCACUACCUGUCCACUGAUCCACUGCACCAGGAGCUGUCUUUUGGAGUGCCAUAUUCCCACAUGAUGCCGCGGAGACUGAGCACCCAGAGAUACCGUCUGCAGCAGCCGCUGCCCCCACCACCCCCACCACCGCCCCCGCCGCCGUAUUACCCCAGUUUCCUGCCCUACUUCCUUUCGAUGCUGCCAAUGUCACCAACAACAGUGGGGCCCACCAUCAGCCUAGAUCUCGAUGUGGAUGACGUGGAGAUGGAGAACUAUGAGGCCCUGCUAAACCUGGCAGAGAGGUUGGGAGAUGCGAAGCCCCGAGGCCUCACCAAAGGAGACAUUGAGCAUCUCCCAUCGUACCGCUUUAACCCGGACAGCCAUCAGUCAGAGCAGACGCUGUGUGUUGUCUGCUUCAGUGACUUUGAGGCACGGCAGCUGCUCCGCGUCCUCCCCUGCAACCACGAGUUCCACACCAAGUGUGUUGACAAGUGGUUGAAGGCCAACCGGACGUGUCCCAUUUGCCGGGCUGAUGCCUCCGAGGUGCCCAGGGAGGCUGAGUGAGGCCCACAGCCGCCCAAGAGAGCCCUGUCCGAAGCUCUGGAAACCCGGGGGUACCUGGGGAGGAUGGGGAGGGAGAGGCCCAGACCUGCCCCGUCGUUCCCCCCUGCAUUUCCAGCGCUGGUGCCAGGGUCAGCCCCGAGAUAAGCCCCUGCAAUAAUAAGCCCCUGCAUUUGCCAAGCUCCAAAGACUCCUUCUACCUGCCAGUUCACCCACCAUGACACUGAGUGUCCCCAACUCAGUCUCCCUAUUUGCCCUUGGGUCCAUCUCUGUUUUCUGCCAUUCCUGGGAGCCAGGGGCCCAUUCCCCCAGUGUGGCUGGUGGAAAUUCUUGGCUACAGGGUGGGCAAAGAGGAGCCCCUGUCCUGGGUCACCUGGUCUCUUGCACUGAAAUGGUGUGCCCUCUGCCUGGGUGGCACUAACAGGCAUACAGACAGAUGGUGAAUGGAGGCCAUUUUCUGAGCCCCAGGCCUUGAUUCUGCCUUGAUCCCAGACAGACUCAGGCAGGCAGCCCUGCCCAGGCUGCUGUGAUAUGUGGGUCUGGCUCCUUUGACUCUCACCCCAGGCACAAUAUUCCAGCCCCGUCCCAGCCCCAGGCUGGAGGGCAUCAGAGCCAGCCUCCAGAGAAGAUAGGAGACAGGCCUCGAGCUGGGGUGGCACGUAUCCUGAGGGGGCUGGGCCGUACCCGAGAGGGUGAGUUCCUGUGUUCCUGGUAGCCACCUCUCCCUGGCAUUGAUGGGAGCGAGACAAGUGCCCAAUCCCCUCUGUCGUUUUGCAUGUAUGUGAGGAGCAGCAGGUUUUUUUUAUUCAUUUGGCCCAAAAUCGCGUGUAGGUUUUGGGGUUUGGAUUUUUAAAUAUUUUCUUUUGGUUUAAUGGGGAGAAUAGGGACCAACCAGGACCGUGUGCCCAGGGGGCCAGGGCUGGGCCAGUCAGCUAGUGGUCAUGGGCAGGGCUGGGGGUGCGGUCUGCUCAGCUAGUCACUGCCGUGCACAGCACAGCACGCGUCCUGGAGCCUCCUGGGACCGCAUGCUCUUCAGGGCAUCUUUCCCUCUCCAGCCAGGGCCCCUGUCCCAUCUGCCUGGGUGAGUCCUCCAAGGAAGUCCCAGGGGGACAGGGACCAGGGAGGGCGCGGGCCCCCCUCCAGCCUGAGCCCUGCCCACUGCGGUCUGGAGGCGGCCCCCUGUAGGGACUGGCUGAGCUCCCAGCCUCUCCCUCCCUGGUCCCAUCCCUUUCCUUUCCUACCCCAGCUGGGGUUGCUGCCCUGAACGAACCGCGUGCGGGGCAGGCACAUCCUAGCAGGCCGCCCCUGGCGCCUGCUGCCUCAGGGACGCUCCAACCACCCUCGUUCUCCCCCGCAGCGGCCCUGGCUCCCUGCCCCCCACCCAUGGCCUGCCAUGGGGCCCCAUCAGCCUGGUCCCACCCCCGUGGAGAACCCAAAGUCUUACUGUAUAUAACUCCAGGUGAUGUUUCUAUAUUUAUAACAGUGUUGAAACCCCAUGUGUUUUACACAAAGAACCUCUCUCCGACCCCCCUCCCUUCCCCACCCCAACAAAAGGUUUUUGAAAACGCUUACGGUUCCUGGGGCAAGUGGCAACAGGCUCAUGGAUUGUGUGUCAGCUGCAGCAAUGAUUCUAAUGAGCAGCUGUUAGGGAAAAAACUAUUUAAAAUAAAAAUCAUUUUUAAAAAAUUUCUAAAACAAUUAUUUAGGAUAUUUGUGAUUUGCUGACCUUGCUAUAGAUGCCAUGUUACCAUUGAUUUCCUGUGGUGGGGGCUUGUCAUUGUUUACUCUAUUUACCAGUUUCUGGCCUAGGCAUGACAGUGGGCACCGUUCCCCCAGCCCUGGCUGGGCCCAGCACCUCUGUUCUGAGUUAGAAAGGUUUAUAUAUAUAUAUAUAUAUAAUUAUAUAUAUAUAAAAAAAUAUGUAAUCUUGGGGGGCCCUGUUCCUUGCACAUUUUACAGUUACCUCAUUUUUCCCAUGUAUGUAUUUGAGAAAAUGCUAAUAUAUAGAGAAAAAAAUGGUUCUUAAAGCUUAAAUGUUUGGUUUUUUCCAUUCCAUUGGAUUCACAUUGGUUUGUAGCAUUUAACAUAACUAGUAUGUUGUAUUAUAUAUAUAUGUGUAUACUGAUUGAAAUUUUUAACAGAUUUGUACUUUUUUUAAAAAUGGAAGUUGCUAGUUCUGCUUGACCAAGUAGUGCAAUCAUUAUUUUUUUUAAUAUUGUUGCUGAUUUCAGAGGGAUAUUCACUAAUAAAUGUAUGAUGCAUAUCAAGUAUUGCCCAA